AAAUAUGAUUAAGCACUAUCAGACUUAGCAGAUUCUGACUUGGUGUUGUUUUCACUAGCAUGUAUCUCAUUCGUAUACUGUAAACUACAUAAUUAAAUACCACAAUUGUAUGAACCAUGAAAAAAGGGUUUUAGAAAACGUAGAAUAUAUUUUAUGCAAUAAUAUUGGAUGGACAUCGACCGUGUAGCUGUUUAGCUGGUGAGUGAUGAGCCUGGUCUCAGGGCUUGAGCUUCAAUUUCAACUGCAGCCACACAUUUCAUUUCCCUACACAAGCAGCAACAAUUACAUCAUUCAAAUUAACAACAUAAUAAAAAUGACACUCUACAUGCCUUUAUUUAGGUCAUGCACAAGCUUAAGACCACUAACCCUACUCCAUUCACAUCUCUUAGUCACUGGUCUACACCAUGAUCCACAAGCCUCUACAAAGCUCAUUGAGUCGUAUUCUCAAAUCGGUUGCCUUCAAUCCUCAAAACUUGUCUUCGAAACCUUCCAAAAUCCAGAUUCUUUCAUGUGGGCAGUCCUCAUUAAGUGCCAUGUAUGGUCCAAUUUCUGUGGAGAAGCCAUUUCACUGUACAAUAAAAUGAUAUACAAACAAAUACCCAUUAGUGACUUUAUAUUUUCUUCAGUUUUAAGAGCUUGUGCUGGUUUUGGUAAUUUGGAUGUUGGUGAAGAGGUUCAUGGGAGGAUCAUUAAAUAUGGGUUGGAUGUUGAUCAUGUUGUUGAGACCUCACUUCUUGGUAUGUAUGGUGAUUUAGGUUGCUUAAGUAAUGCCAAGAAGGUGUUUGAUAAUAUGACAACUAGAGAUUUGGUUUCUUGGAGUUCAAUCAUUUCGUGUUAUGUUGAUAAUGGAGAGUCAAGUGAAGGGUUGGAGAUGUUUCGGUUAUUGGUAUCGCAAGAUGUUGAAUUGGAUUCUGUGACAAUGCUUAGCAUUGCCGGGGCUUGUGGUGAACUGGGUUUCUUGAGGUUAGCUAAGUCAGUUCAUGGCUGUAUAAUUAGGCAAAGAAUUGAAACUCGUGGACCGUUAAAUGACGCGCUUGUUUUAAUGUAUAGUAGGUGUGAUGAUUUUUCUAGUGCCGAGAGGAUCUUUUCAAAUAUGUUUAAUAGGAGUAUUGCUUCGUGGACGGCUAUGAUUUCUUGCUAUAAUAGAAGUAGGUGGUUUAAACAAGCACUACAAGUUUUUGUCGAGAUGCUAGAAUUUAAAGUAGCGCCAAAUGCAGUUACCAUAAUGGCCGUUCUUAGUUCUUGUGCUGGGUUUAACCUGCUUAGAGAAGGGAAAUCUGUUCACUGUUAUGCAGUUAAGCAUAUAGAUCUUGAUGAUGAUUCUUUAGGUCCAGCAUUAAUAGAAUAUUACGCUCAAUUUGGUAAGUUGAGUUACUGUGAGAAGGUUCUUCAUACUAUUGGGAAGAGAAAUAUUAUAUCAUGGAAUAUGCUCAUAUCAGUGUAUGCUUCACAAGGGUUGUUUAAGGAGGCAUUAGGAAUAUUUGUACAGAUGCAAAGACAAGGACAAAUACCAGACUCUUUUAGCCUGUCAAGUUCUAUAUCAGCUUGUGCAAAUGUAGGUUUAUUAUGGCUUGGGCAUCAAAUACAUGGUUAUGCCAUUAAAAGACACAUUCUCGACGAGUUUGUCCAGAAUUCUCUAAUCGAUAUGUACUCGAAAUGUGGUCAUGUGGAUUUGGCAUACUUGAUAUUUGACAGGAUUCAAUCCAAGAGUGUUGUAGCUUGGAAUUCUAUGAUUUGUGGAUUUUCCCAAAUUGGUAACUCAUUGGAGGCCAUUAGGCUCUUUGAUCAAAUGUACCUAAACUGUCUUGACAUGAAUGAAGUGACCUUCUUGACGGCAAUUCAAGCUUGCUCCCAUAUGGGACAUCUUGAAAAGGGAAAAUGGCUACACCACAAACUCAUUGCCUACGGUGUAAAGAAGGAUCUAUUUAUUGACACGGCUCUGAUUGACAUGUAUGCUAAGUGUGGAGACCUUCGAAUAGCCCAUAGAGUUUUUGAUAGCAUGUCAGAAAGGAGUGUGGUGUCAUGGAGUGCCAUGAUUGGUGGCUGUGGAAUGCACGGUGACAUUGAUGCUGCAAUCUCACUCUUCGCCGAAAUGAUUCAAAGGGAAAUGAAACCAAAUGACAUUACCUUCAUGAAUAUUCUAUCCGCUUGCAGUCAUUCAGGAUAUGUAGAAGAAGGGAAAUUUUAUUUUAACUCAAUGAAAAAUUUCGAAGUUGAGCCUAACUUAGAACACUUUGCUUGUAUGGUUGACCUUUUAAGUCGUGCUGGUGAUCUCGAUGAAGCCUACAGAAUAAUAAACUCAAUGCCAUUCCCUGCAGAAGCUAGCAUUUGGGGAGCUUUACUUAAUGGCUGUCGAAUUCACCAGAGAAUGGAUAUGAUCCGAAACAUCGAAAGAGAUCUGUUAGACAUGAGGACAGAUGAUACUGGGUAUUACACCUUAUUGUCUAAUAUCUAUGCAGAAGAAGGUAACUGGGAUGUAUCUAGGAAGGUGAGAUCAGCAAUGAAAGGUAUAGGUCUGAAGAAGGUCCCAGGGUACAGUACAAUUGAACUGGACAAGAAAGUCUAUAGAUUUGGAGCAGGAGAUGUAUCUCAUUGGCAGGUAAAAGAAAUUAACACAUUUUUGGAAAAUUUCCAGAGUUUGGCUUCGGAACAAGCAUGCAAUGUAUCCUGUUGGACCGAUAAUGAAAUUAAAGCAGAAUACAUGUCCCAUUUAUAAG